AUGCUCGGCCUUCGAAAAGCACUCGUGUUCAGCACAUUCCUCCUGGGUGCAUUGAGCUCGCCACGACAUACCUCGGAGGAUGAUAAGUCUUUAGUCAACUGGGAGUCUUUCCAGGCCCUACUUGACAGCAUCGACCCUGCUGCAUUACAUUCAGUGCUACACUCGCUAUCCCCCAAAUUCCAAGAUGGUGUUUUCAGCAAAGAUCGAUCUGCCAUCGAACACGUCCAUUCCGAGAAUCCAAUCAUCGCAAGCAAGCUUGUACAUAUCGCAAAGAAGAGACAAGACAGUAACUCUACCACAACUGCUUCCACCACCACCAGCGCGAGCACUCCCGCUCAAAGCAGUGCAGAAGAGCAAUCAAGUUCGAGGGCAGCUAGUGUGUCUUCAAUUCUCUCAUCUGCCAUCCUCGCAUCAACCGUUCCGGGCGCUACCACAGUCACAGUAGCUCCAUCUGCACCUGCAUCUGCCACCGCUGUCGCAACCACCGAUGGUGCUGUCGUCUUCAGUACUGUAGGCGGCGGAUUGGUCACAUUGACCUCUUCCGCCGUCGGUGUAAGCUUCUCACCCAGCACCUCCACUCACCUUUAUUACGCCACAGCAGCCGACGGUUCUAUUUCCACAUCGACAUCUGUGGUUGUGGUCAAUGCACCGGUCACUGACAGCCCUGACGCAACGGGCGCGGCUGGGGCAGCAGCUACCACUGGUGGCAAUCCCGGACUGCAAGACGCUGCGGCCUCGAUAAAGAUUUCGAGUUUCCUGUUGGCGUUUGCUGGCCUGGGAGCAUUCCUCUUUGUCCAGUAA